AAACCUUUUCAGCGCGUGGGAGUAAAGUUUGGCUGCGAAAGAAAUGGAAAGUGUUUAAUUGCAGACGAAAUGGGUUUAGGAAAAACUCUGCAGGCUUUAGCUCUAGCAGCAAAUUUUAGGGGAGACUGGCCAGCCAUAGCAAUUGUCCCUAGUUCAUUAAAAGAUCAGUGGAACAUUCAAAUAAGAAAAUGGUGCUCGAAUUUGUUUGAAGAUAUUGACGAACAAUUGCAAAUAAUAAAUUCUGGUUCUGAUGUGGUAAAAAAAAAUAUUAAAUUCUUGCUGUGCAGUUAUGAAAUGGCCUCUAAAGUAGAUGCUAAAACAGUAAAUUUUCAGUUAGCUAUUUUAGAUGAAAGUCAUUAUCUCAAUGAUUUAAAAAGCAAACGAUCACGUACCAUUUUACCCUUUAUUAAAAAAAUGAAGCGCAUCAUUUGUUUGACCGGUACACCCGCGUUAAAUGCACCGGUUGAGCUUUAUGUUCACUUUUUGAUGUUGUAUCCCACUAAAAUUAGUUUGAAUGAAUUUGCUGAUAGGUAUUCUAUUAGAAAAUACAAUAAGUUUUCCCGAAGAAUUGAAUAUUCAGAUAUAAGAUUAGAAAAAGAAUUAUAUUUUCUGCUGUCAUAUACGUUUAUGAUACGUAGAAAAAAAUUGAAUGUCUUACAAGAGCUACCGGAUAAAAUUAGAGAACCUAUUUUCAUAGACAUAUUGGAAGAAGAAUCUUUGCCAAUACAAACUAAACUCAAACAACUGCAGGGCAACAUACUUUCAAAUGUUGAAUCGAAAUUACUUAUAAACGAGCUAUUCAAAUUAACAGGAUCCGCAAAGGUCAAGAUUUUAAAAAGUUACAUAGAAAAUAUUAUGCACAAAGCUCAUAAGUGCGUCAUUUUUGCUCAUCACAUUGAAGUGUUGAAGAAAAUUAAAGAAAUAAUCGAGAAUUUGAGAUAUAAUUAUAUUUACAUUGAUGGAUCAAUUGCAAUUUCAAGCAGGAAAAAAUACAUCGAUCAGUUUGUAAAAGGAGAUGCCAGCGUAGCAAUUUUGUCUGUUUUGGCAUGUGGGACUGGUUUAGAAUUUUCCGUUGCUGACUCAGUUGUAUUUGCAGAGUUGUAUUGGGUUCCCGGUGUAUUAUUACAAGCAGAAGACAGAGUUCAUAGAAUAGGGUCUAAUCACAAAACAAUAAAAGUUUAUUAUAUGAUUGCGAAAAACACAAUUGAUAUCAUUGUUUGGAAAAAACUGAAUAAAAAAUGGAAAUCUUUAAGUUCUGGUUUGAAUGGGCUGACUGAAACUUUUGUAAAUUCUUGA